CGUCCGGGAUGUCGCUCACGGAACCAAGAUGGCAUCUGAGGACGGUGCGGGUAUCGUGUCAAACGUAGGAUGCGAUGUAAAUAAUACGAGCGAUCGAGCGACGAAUUUAGUUGGGAGCGAGGCAACGGACGGCGCGACGUCCGGAACGACGUGGCAACUCGGCGUCGUCGAGAGGACGGCCAAUCGCGCGAGCGAACCCGCGCCUAAUUCGCCCGGGACGCCCACGGGUUUCCCUGCAGCGUCACCGUUUCACGCGAACACGGAAGGGCACGCGUUACAGAGGGACUCGGGCCCCGCGAGCUCGUCUGGUGAUGUGGGUGAACGGCGAGCGGGCGAUAACGAAACGUCCAGCCAACGGCGCAGCAUGUCUCAUCCAGGGACCGACCUGGACCGCAGCGUUCGUCUUCCGGAGGAAACAGACGGGAAUCAGUAUCAUUGCAACAAUGAUGUAGUACUAAAAGCUGCCAGAGAACCGAUUCAACAUAUUAUACAUGCUGAUUCUGCAUGUAACAACGACAUGAUGUUAUCCGGAAAUAUGCAUGCAUUAUCUACAAAGGUUAAAUUAGAAGGCUGCAUGAAUUUCUCCAACAACACACCACAACUUGGGGAAAGUCCGCAGAGCAAUGGUGAAGUAAUCAGCAGUCCCAGGAGUCCUGACUAUCCUCCAAGAGUUUCUGUCAGCCCACAUCCUCAUAGUCCGGACACGACGUUCUCUAUCAGCAUGAUGUCGGCAAAUUCUACAGUUAUGGACACGGCGAAAUAUAAUGAAGAGAGUCCUGAUAAUAUAGCUAUGCAUACAGACGAAACGACCGAGUAUCCUUUUUGCUCAUCGCCAUCGGGAAAGAUAGGCGACUCGCAAGUUGAUAUCACGAAAACGGAAUCGAGUAAACAACGGGAUGCCGCUGAUGAAAAAUACAUCACAGAUAGAGAAUUAAAAGUAGAAUCUAUUGAGAUUAAGAAGGAACCAACAGACUCGUUACAGGAACUUGAAAAAGUUAAAUCCGAAUGGUUAGAAGAUAGUUUCUCCAUUACUGUAACGGCAGAUAGAGUAACUGCUGCAACAGCAGCAUCUCAAGACAAGUCCACAAAUGCCACUGUUAAUUCAUCUUCCAGUUCACAUUCAAAAACCUAUUCAUCCUCGAGGGAGAAACGUUCGAAAGAAGACAGACGGCACUGCUCACGGUGUCAAAAACGCAAAGGGAUAAAAAGAGCGAGUAUUGGUGUACAGUGCAAACGGGAUCGUCAUGUAUUAUGUGGUAAACCUCUUUCCUUCUCCAAAUCGACCAACGAGAACCUGAGGUUAAAUCUACAAACGAAAAACUACAAGAUGCUUAAUAAUCCUGUGGUGAAAAGUGAAUUGCUGGAAGGCCUAAAGUACAAGAAAUUUAUUCACAUUGAAACUUAUCCCAAUGGCGGUGCGACGGUGGUCCAUAUGUAUCAAGACGAAAUUGAAAGUUUAUCGCGCGAACAAAUGGAAGAAUUGGCGCAAGAGUACUUCAAGGUGGUUUUCGGGGAAGACGAAAAUGGUAAUGCUUAUCAUGUUAUGGGCAUAGUACACAAUGCAGCUGCAUACCUACCUGAUCUUUUGGAUUACAUGGCGAAUAAUUAUCCCACAUUAACUGUAAAGAACGGAGUAUUGGGUAGGAACAGCGAUAUAGAAACCACCACAAUGGCUCAAUACAAAGACCAAGUUUGUAAAGCUUAUAGCAACGGUACCAUUAGAUAUGGACCGUUGCAUCAAAUAAGUCUUGUGGGCACUGUUCACGAGGAAGUCGGCGGAUAUUUUCCAGAUCUACUGCAGAAAUUGGAAGAGAAUCCGUUUUUAAAAAUGACGAUACCUUGGGGACCUUUGUCCGUUGUAAAGAUGGAUACACCACAAGAAUCGAACGAUGGCCCUAUCCUAUGGAUUCGACCAGGUGAACAAUUGGUACCAACGGCCGACAUAAACAAGAGUCCGUACAAACGACGCAGGACGGGUAUCAACGAACUGAGAAAUCUGCAAUAUCUUCCGCGACUGAGCGAGGCACGGGAGUAUAUGUUCGAGGAUCGUACGAAAGCACACGCCGACCACGUUGGUCAUGGAUUGGACAGGAUGACCACGGCGGCGGUCGGCGUGUUGAAGGCCGUUCACGGCGGCCAGGCAUCCGGAUACAAUAGGAUCACGAAGGACGUCGUGGCUUUUUACGCCGGUGAUUUUACCGAACUCGUGGAAAAGCUACAACUAGACUUACACGAGCCGCCGAUAUCGCAGUGCGUGCAGUGGGUGGAGGAUGCGAAGCUGAAUCAGUUACGCAGGCAGGGUAUCCGUUACGCCAAGAUAAAUCUCUACGAUAAUGAUAUAUAUUUUCUACCGCGCAACAUUAUCCAUCAAUUCAGAACAGUCUCGGCCGUCUCGAGCAUCGCUUGGCACAUUAGAUUGAAGCAGUAUUAUCCAGAGUCGCAGCAUAGUUCGAACACUAGGCAUAGUCGUGCGAUAAACGAGUCCGCUCAUCGUAUCAAAGAGAAAAAACCUCUGGAAGCCGUUGGCAUAGGCGAUGAACAAAAGGAGAACACGAAUCGCCAGCGUUUGGAGCAGAAACUGUCGAUCGAUCCUCUCGAGAAAGCAAAAGAAAGGGCGGCCGAAUAUCAGGGUAAUCUGAAGAAAUCCGAUCAACACGGGAAGCAUCGCAAGAGUCGACAUCACUCCAAACACUCAUCACUUAAACAAAAGAAUAAGGAAGAUGGUAACGGCAAUGCAUCAUCGGAUCCGUUUGGCAGCACUAAGUCAUCCAAGAGCGAAACCAAUGAGCAGAAACAGAGUAACGACAAGAGGGACGAGAAGAGAUCAGAUAAGAAGCAUAAGGAUCGUCGCCGCAGCAGUGACAAAUCUAGCAAUCAUCACACGCACAGCAGCAGCAGUAGUUCUGAUAAUUGUCACUCUUGUAAGAAGAAGAAAUAUGAUAGCAGCGGUCACAAGCUAGAUCAUCGUUGCAGUCACCAUGAGAGAUCCAGCAGUAAAAGCAUAUCGAGUAAAGAAACUAUUCCUAAUGUAACGGAAACGAGAACAGUUUCGAAAUUCGAUAGCUCGUCUUCCUUGAAGGAUGCUAAGAGACGACUGAGCGGAUUGUCUCCGUUAGAGGACACUUCCGAAACCGGAGAUUGUCCAAUCGUUCUCGAGGAGGAGAUACUAAAACAGCGGCAGACCGUUGCCAAAACGUACGCCACCGAAGUGGUGGACAGGGCGCUGGAGAUAGCCAUCUACAAAUCGAAGACCGACGUUGAGGAGGUUUGCCAAUCCCUGCGUGCUGAAGUUUCGGAAGCAUCGAAGGAGGUACUAGAAAAAAUUCAUAAAGAGAGCUUUGAGAUCGUCGAACAGUGGUUUAAGGACGAUCCCACGAAACUGGAAAGAUACUGCCAUCUAUUAGAAAUGAAGACCGUGUUGGCGUUCACGUCAAAGAUGGAAUGUGCAACGGAAAAUGCCGUUAAGGCGCUGAUCGAGAUGGCGGAGGACGAAGCAAAGGAAAGAGCGAAAAAUGAGAAAAUCGCUGAUUUUGCGACCACUGGUGACAACCCAUGCGGCGAAGAUUCAACGAUGUUAACGAAGACAACGACGACGACGACGAUGACGACGACGACAACUAGUAUCUCCUCGUAUCCUUCCAUCAUGACCUUUACGUCUCCAUCUACUGAGAACGAUAGACACAGUAACAGCAGGACCUUUUCUAAAGUUUGUUUUUUUUCAGACAGUAAAGCAUUGUCUCUUGAAACGAGUCAGAGUCAGUCGCACUCGAAAUCAAAGUGCAAGUGCAGAGACGAAAAGGACUACAGGGAAAGAAGACACAAGAAGAAGAGAGAUCACGAGAGGCGGGAGCGAAAACAUGAUCGACAUCAUCAGAGUCCCCAGAUAAAAUCCGACUCUAAAACAUCUGACGAUGCUGCGAGCGUUCCCGAACUGUCGUCGCACAAUUAUCCAAUCGCCGAAAAAUCCGAACGUUCAAACUCAAAGGAUGACGAGAAGAAAUCACAGGAGAAGAGGAGGAAAUGCCAUUGUGGCCAUCACUGCAGUCACAGACACGGGGAGAAGAGGUCGUCUGGAAGCAGUAACAUCGACAAAGACAGAGUCGAGUCAUUCCCACUUGUGACGUUGCAUCAUUCCCACUCUUCGAGCUCAAAACACAAGAGGAAGUCCAGCUCGUCCAUGGAGCAAAAGGAACCGAAGAAAUUGUAUGUAGUAGAAAAGUAUUCGACCGCGCAAAUUACCGAGUCGAGCACGAUGGUAAACGUGACGACGGUGACAGCGGGCGCGAUCACGACGACGAUUACGACGACGACGACAGACUUGUUGCCGGAAAACACCGUUGUGUCAAACACGUGAAAAGGUUACUGCAAUUAUUCUUGACGAUUAUAGUACAAUCCGCUCGUUAGGAGCGCGAAUCUUGCACGCGACGGGACGAGAUCGAUGUUUCGACUCGACUGCCAGUGCGAAGCCUAAACGAAUUCUCAUCCGGUGCGGCUAAACGUGCGAGCUUUGCAAUUGGAGCGAGAGAGGAGAGAGACGAGAAACGGAGAAGAAACUAUGCAUCAGAGAAUCGUAUCUCAUCCCACACGAGACUCGCUUAACUUAUUUAUGUAUGCGUUCUUCUAUGCGUAAAUUAUUUAUGAUUUUUCAUUGGCCAUCCUGCGAUAACAUGAAACUCGGUCCAUGCUACGAAAGAUUUAUCGCCAUUUCUCAAUCGACGCGGCCGUUUUGCAAUUCUUAAUAGCGCAAUUAUAGAUUUGUGCUAUAAUCGAAUAUUUAUAUCUUAGAACGUAGGACGUCAUAAGGAAUGGAAAUAGGACAUCUUGUGUGCGCGUGUGUAUGUGUGUAUGUAUGUUUACGUUUGAGUGUGACGAUAAAUGUGACAAUUAAGGUACUGAUCGUAGGAUAAGGAAGACACUUCUACACAUGGUUUUAUGUUUGAUAUACAAAAUCGUCGCGAUGAGUCAAAGUGACUUGACGAUAUCCUUUAUAUUAUCUCUCGAGAGUUUAUCUUAACGAAUAAUAGUUACGUAUUACAUUAAGGAUACCCUAACUCUCUCUCGCUAGAGUUGCUGGGCGUUACUAGGUAUCGCCAAUCUCCCUAUAAUUCUUUCCACGAGGGGCAUGAAAUGAUAUCUUUUAAUCGCGAAGAAUUGUUCUUCCCUUUCUUUCUACGCUGAAUCGUUAAAACCUUAUAUACGUUAACAGAUGUACAAACUCUUCGCCUUCGCAGACAGAAAAUUAUUUGAAACAGUGAAACAUUGCGGCAGACUGAUCGUUAACGAUAUUUUCUCAGCUCGACAGGAACGGGUUUCCGGUCAAUCUAUAAUUCUCUACAGAGUCCCGAUUUCCAAGAAACGCCGACGUAGAUUUCCGUACAUAAUCGAGAGUAUAUCGUUUUAAAUAAAACAACAACACACGCGAAACAGUCUGACGAAUCUUGACAGGACACGUUGUACAUAUUGAAUGUGCCUCGCGUUUGCGACAGCGAACUUUCUUUUUCAUUAUAUAUCUUCCCGUAUUUCGUUAUGAUGUAUAUAGUAAUGACUAUAUUCGCCGUAUGCUUUAUUUUGUAAGUUGGUCGUGUUAGCGACAUACGUUAUAUUCUCCAUUCUCAUAUAUUGGGACACUAAUAAAAAUGUCGAUGUUACGCUUUCGUUAUACAGGAAAACCCGCUUUUAAACACACGUGGCUGUCUUAUUUUUAUUUUACAUUUAUAUAUAUAUAUAUAUUUGACGCUGCAAUCAUUUAUAAUUUUCAAUUAUAUACCAGCACGUUACUUUAAGAUAAUUUCGACUGCAGAUUUCUGUUACAAUGCGACUUUUCAAUAAAUAAGUUUGCGCAGUGUAAAUAUGGAGCGAAUUCUUUUACCGGCUUUUCUCGCGAAGCGAAGUGAAAUGGGAAAAAAAGAAGAUAAGAAAAAUAUUUAUACCGGGUAAUAACGUACGACGAAAGUGUACACAGAUGACAGAUAUAUUUAGUAUUCCGUAUGGAAGAUAUAUUCACGAUUUACUGAUAGAAUCGUUUUCGAGCACAUGACAAGCGUGUACAAUUGCUGUAAAUUCUAGUUCCAUAGAAUCGUAGGUGCCUAAAGUCUCAGUAAUGAUCCAAUAAGAUGAUCGUCAAAAGUGAAUCUAUUCACCCGCAUAAAUAGAGACUUCUUUUUAGACACUUUUCUAUCCUAGAGACCUUUUCUAAAGUUUGUUUUUUUUCAGACAGUAAAGCAUUGUCUCUUGAAACGAGUCGUUUCGGCGAAUUUAAAAUUGACAAACGAGAGAGCACAAGGGAGGAAGAGAGUCGCGCGCGAACAAGAAAAGGAUGCCAAGAUAUGAAAUAUCAAUUUGAUAGGCAACGAGCGGACAAUUACUUAAGAGAAACACCGAACGGUGCGUCCUCGCGAAAAAAAAGGACCAAAAUUAAAACCAAAGGCCUCCCCUCCCCCCUCUGUGAGAGGAGGCUUGGAUACAUUGUAACACUUUUUCAAGGCUUGAAUCAAAAUAUUAGAAUUCUCUUGUUACAAUUAAAUCCAAACCUCCCGUGAGCAAUUCGCUCGUAAAGUAAUGGUGAAGAAAAGCAAAUAAUCAUAGGUGCUGAAUACUAAACGACAUUUGAUAUUUUAAGGUGCCUUCGCUCUGUUCGUUGCAGUAAAGCUGUACCGGUGUGUACAACUAUAAAGCUAUUGAUUUACUCGAUCCUGUAAGGAUAAAUCUUGGUUUCCACGUGUGUGUACAAGUAGAACAAGUGUAAAUUUUCAUCAAUAGCGAUGAAUACGAGUAUAUUGACGGACAUGCUGUUUUCGCUUCCAAAUGUUUCAUCGUGCAUGUGAACUUUCUAAAGAGAAAGAGAGAGAGAGAGAGAAAUAUCAGCAAUGUGAGUAGACUUUUUUUCACGAAAGAGACUUGUAGACUGCAUAACAGACAUCUGUAUAAACAAUUGUAAGAUACUGAAAAUUAAUUUAGAUCGUCGAGAAGUCCCAGCAUUUACGCGAAACACUGAUCGCAGAAGUCAGAUUUUUUUUCUCAAAAAUCUCAAUUGCAAUACGAAUAUCAAAUUAAGAGAAUCAUGCCGAUUAAAGAGACAUGCAACGACAAUUUA